AUGCUUGACUGAUGUUUUCAUUAGUUAUGUAUGAUCGCUGACAUCUAUGAAAUCCUUUUAAAAGGCUUACUAUAAACACAUCGUUCUUUCUGCUGUGUCACUGGUUCGAUUUCGAUUUGAACACUCCUUGUUUCCUUGAUGAGGACCUGAUGGACUGAAGGUCCCUUCAUGUUCGAACUGAGCCAGACGGGCCUGAGCAAGAACAGGAAGUGCUAGUUGAACAAGCUGAGCUAGCCAGCUAGUUUUAGUCAGGUAGGUUAGCUUGCCAUUUAACUCGAUAGUCAACAAUGGGGUUGUUCGGUAGAACACCAGAUAAACCACCCAAAGAGCUGAUCGCUGACUGGUCUCAAAAAAUAAGGAAAGAAAUGAGAGUGAUUGACAGACAAAUUCGAGAUAUUCAAAGGGAGCAAGAAAAAGUUAAAAGAUCCAUCAAAGAUGCUGCCAAAAAGGGCCAGAGGGACGUGUGUGUGGUUCUCGCAAAGGAGAUGAUUCAGUCAAAACGAGCCGUCACAAAACUCUACGCUUCCAAAGCCCAAAUGAACUCUGUGUUACUCAGCAUGAAGAAUCAACUUGCUGUACUUCGUGUAGCUGGGGCCAUGCAGAAGAGCACAGAGGUGAUGAAAGCUAUGCAGAACCUGGUCAAAAUCCCAGAGAUCCAGGCCACCAUGAGGGAAUUAUCAAAAGAGAUGAUGAAGGCUGGCAUCAUUGAGGACAUGCUGGAAGACACAUUUGAGAGCAUGGAAGAUGGAGAGGACAUGGAGGAAGCAGCAGAGGAGGAGGUUGACAAGAUCCUCUUUGAAAUCACAGCAGGUGCCCUUGGCAAAGCACCCAGCAAAGUCACAGAUGCCCUGCCUGAAAUGGAGUCUGCAGGAGCCACUGCAGCUUCGGAGGAUGAGUCGGAGGAGGACAUUGAAGAAAUGCAGUCAAGAUUGGCAGCUCUGAGGAGCUAAGGUGAACUGCCACUGUUCUGUCAAAGUCAACUUGCUCACUCCAAUAAGGACAAUUCUGGUGCAGGUUUUACAGUACUGAGUAUCCUCUCCGCUUCAUAUUGUAAUUCUUAUUUCACAUAAUCUUUUGGGGUUAACUUUGUGCUUUGACAUUUAAUGUACUUAAAAAAAGAUUGCUUUUUUUAUAGAAUGGUUGGUCUACUCAGCCAGAAGAAAGUGUGUUUUUGCUUUUUGUCUUUAUUAUCUGGGUUAACCCUAGGUAAGUCUUGAUUAUCCAAAGUCAAACAGAAGGUUUAAGAAAGUGUAUAUAAUGUAAGUAUGGAAAGCCUGCUGUGCCUACAGUGCUUCGUCAUAUUCUUCUGUCCUAAGUUAUGGACUGGUGGUAGAGAUACUUGGGUAUUUAUGAUCCAAACAAGUGAUUAAUUAAAUGUUUAUGGAAACCACCCUGCACCUAAAUCACUUUCCAAAUCACUACUCGGCUGUUAUCGUGAUCUGUUAGGAUAGAUUUUGUAAGCGACAGCUGUUUUGUUUACUGCUAACCAGCCCACAUUAUUUGAAACACUAGACACUGGCAGUUAAUUUUCUGUGUAGUUAACAUGUAUCUAUGCUAUAUGUGGUCAUACAUGUGAAUUACACUCAUUAGAAAAAUGCACGGAUGAACUUUCAGCUUGUUAAAUGUUUUGACUCUUUAUCACGUGGAGUUCAGCAGGAAGAAAUGGAAGGGUUGCUUAGUGCAGAACGUACAUAUUGUGGAAGUUCUGUGUGUAUAAUUUUUCUAUGUGGAUGGCGGGAAAAUAAGGAAAUAAACUUUUAAGAGUAAAGUUUGCCAAUAAGAAGAGUGGAUUACACCCAUUUAUGCUCUCAGCACUGAUCACAUUAACUUCUGUUGACACAAAUUAGACACCUUAAUAACCUUACAGAAAUCGGUGAUGGAUUGCAACAGGCCACUCAACAGGCCAGAAACUGAACUCCACAUAGAAUCUAGUCCUGGUGAAACAAACACCUGUCUGCCAGAUAGAGCAGCUUGCUCAGCAGUUCUGAAACCAAACCGUGCUGCUUUUCAUUGUUCUGCAGUUUAGGUUUACCAGUCUACCAAUAAUCAGGCGCUAAGCUAUGAACUUUCUCAUAUGAUUAAUUUCUGUCGUUUUUAUAUGUAACCUGUGAGAUGAAUUACAUUACAUUAUGCUGA